AUGUCUGCCUUCCGUAAAAGACGUUGUCUUGAUUCCGCUGAUACUUCAGCUUCUAGUUCAAAGAAGGGACGUUUUAAUCGUCGUACCAUGCCACCAUCUGGUUCUAAUCGAUUUGUCAAGCGGCGGUCAGCCAAGAAGUAUGGUAAAAGUUCUAAUUUUUUACAGAAGAUCUAUGAUCAAGUUGUUCAUAGUGAACAUAAAGGUUCUCAUGAAUUUAAGACUGAUGCUAAAGGAUUGUAUACCUCAAAUUUGUGCUGGUCUUCUCCUACAUUUCUUCGGAAUGAGACACAUAUAGCUGUUCAGGUUAAACAGUACUUGAAUCUUUUUGAUGAAGUCAAGAUUAGGCAUGUUACAUUGAUUUAUUGGUUGCGGAAUAAUGGUACCUCUUCUCUUACUUAUCAGCAACCAACAAUUACUAGAACUUAUGAUCCUGAUUGUCAAGGCAGAACUAUGACUGUUGAUAAUCAGAAUGCAUGUCCUAACACCAGAGAACAUCUUAUUCAUUAUGGACAAAAGUACUCUAUGAAGAUGUAUCCAAAAUUUCAGCCCAGAUUAUCUAAUGCUAGAACAGUCGGUAAUAUUGGUGGAAAACCUAUUUCUCCUUGGAUAGAUUCUGCUUACUUUACCUAUGGCGCUCUUCCUCCUUCAUCUAUGAAUGGUAUUAUAUACAGCAUUCAAGGAUCGCCUAAUACAUUCCUUGAAGGAUUUUAUUCUAUCGGUUUAUCCUGGAGGGGUUGUAGAGAUGGUCAGAUUUACGAAUCUGCAUCAACUUCAGCUGGACCUGAUGAUUUCGAUUGUUUGCAAAAUGAUCUAACUGGAAUGUCUGAACAAAUGCAUGAUUUUGGAAUGGUUUAG